CCGCACUAAAAUGUCCAUUUAAACGAGGGUUCCUUAAAUCCAAGAAGUUAUCUGGUUAAGCAAGAAUUAAAUCCGGCGUCGUGAUACAGGCUCAUAGUCUGAUUCUUUCAUUGUUUGUGACUGAUGUGAUUACAUUUCCAGUGUUACAUUUCCAACACUGGUAGGGAUAAAAGGUUAUGGAAGAUCCAUGAAUGAUUUCAACUGUCAUUAAAAUACCAUCAAUUAAAGACGAAAAUCUCAGUGUGCAGGAGUUUUGUACCUAGACACGGAUUGUUAAACCCUUGCACUUUGUAUUUGACCCCCGCCUUCGUUAUUUAAAGAUGAAUUUUGUUUUCCUGUUUAUUGUGCACCGAACCUGCUUGCUGGGUAUGGAAUAUAACCCUAUUCACUAAGCAAUGACGUAACUGUACGAAAAGAUUCGCCGGGUCGCUUUCUGUGCCUCCACUGAGCUACCGGGCUCCUUCCCUGUGUGUCCGGAGCCUGUGAGUCACGGUGACACAGCAUCGCGCAGCUCUUCAGCUGAUUUCCGCAGACACCGUGCCUGUCACCGCGCCGCCUUUCUUCGCCGGUUUCGCUUUUGUCCUGCGGAAGAAGGACGUUUGCAUUUAAAGCCCCCGCUGAUAUUUCCUGCAGGUCGCGUUACGAGGCACCUCAUCACAGCCGGGGCUGCUGUUUCUAAAGCCGUACCGAGGGCUUGGAGCAUUUCGGCUGGACGCCAUGGACCAGCCUAACGCGACGUACGCCGUGAAGCUGUACAUCUACGACCUGUCCAGGGGCAUGGCGCGCCAGCUCAGCCCCAUCAUGCUGGGAAAACAGCUCGACGGGAUAUGGCACACCUCCAUCGUGGUCUACGGAGAGGAGUUCUUCUUCGGAGGAGAAGGAAUAACAGGAUGUUCGCCGGGUGGAACGCUACUGGGAGAGCCCAACACCAUUGUGGAUCUGGGCAGCACAGAGGUGACUGAGGAGAUUUUUAUGGAGUACCUGUCCUCACUGGGGGAAUCUACAUACAGAGCGGACAGGUAUCGGCUGUUUGAGCACAACUGCAACACCUUUACCAACGAGGUGGCGCAGUUCCUGACAGGCUGCAAAAUCCCUGCGUACAUUACAGACCUGCCGUCGGAGGUCCUCUCCACGCCCUUCGGUCAGGCUCUGCGCCCCCUACUGGAUUCCAUCACCAUUGCUCCCCCAGGGGGAAAUGUGAUCAACGGACAAGACAGCCAGAGAUAGACUCCCCGACCCUGCCCCUGUUUCCGGAGUGAUAUGUAUAAGACAGGACGUGUCUCUGGCCCCUGAGAGCUCUGCAGCCCUGCAUCUGGUGACUCUCUUUGUGGUCUCCUCGUACCAGCAAACUCCCUGUCUCACGCCAGCUUAGACUUCAGCUUCUCGCUCUGAUCUUUAGAGAGCCCAUCAUCUAAAAUCAUUUUUUUAACAUUAUGACACAGUUGUGAAUAUACAGUAUGUGGCACAUUCACGGUGUUAAACCAGUCUGGCCUUUGAUUUCUGUGACUGUGGACACAUAUG